AUGGAAGAACAAAACGACGUGGUGAUGGAAGGAGAUGUUGAAGAAUCCUCCCCAAGUAGCGCCAAUGUUAUCCUCAUCCAAAAACAGAUAGCUGAGGAGGAGGUGAAACUAGAACAACUACUCCAGAAACAGCCGUUAGCGACUCCAAGAAUUAUUCAGAAGAUUGUCAUGCUGACAUUACUUCACAAUCUGAACAUGGAAUUGUGUCAGAAGUCAGUGAGAACUCUUGCAGAGUUCUGGAAGAAUGCAAGUAUUUACAAGAAACGAAGAAUGGCUCAGCAGAUCGCAAGACUAAAUCUAACCACAAAGACAAUGUUUAUUCGAGAGCUAAGGGCUCUUGAAGUGAAAAGUUACCCCCUGGAUGUGCUACUUUCGAAGGCUAGUCGGAAUGGAUUGGUCAGAGAUGGAACUAUGAAGUUUCAGAAGCCAAAUAGCGAUUACCAUACCGCCAUGGUAAUCGGAAAUAACAUAUACGGCCGUCUCGGUGUUUCAGAAACAACACACGAUGUUGAGGAUUGGACACCGGUCAAUCUACCAGAUGCGAUAAAAAGCAUCCAUAUUGGUAUAAACCAUACCAUUUUCAUAUUAAAAAAUGGAGAUUUGUACGGCUGUGGGAAAAUGUCGAAUUUUAUGGAAGGGAUGGCUGGCUCGACAGAGUGUUCCCUGAGACCGAUAAAAUUAGGAUUCUACACACCUGACCGGGGUAUUCGCGUCGAUAUCGUUGUCGAAAACGACUACACCGAAAUAUUUGAUACGAAACUGCUUACAUCCCUCAUUAUCGGAAAUCCGCCAAUCCUGGAAUUUAAAGAAGGCGAAAUCCGAUCGUCCGGACCGAAUUGGGUACAUUGCAAAAGGAGAAAAUGGCAGGAAGAAGGAGAAACUGUCUCCAAGGAAAUCGAAGUAGAUGUUCAUGAUGGCACCAAGAGAAAAGUCAAAAUUCUGAAUGAUUGCUGCCACUGGGUUGGGAAGAAUGAAGAGAAACAUAAAAUAGUUUGCCUCAUCGACGGAUUCCGGCUAGAUAUAGAACAAUUGAAAGGUGGUUGUCUUGCAAUCACAGAUACAAAGAUGUUCGCAAAUGUUGACAAAAUUAUCUACUCGGGAAAGUUGAUAAUGGUUCCGAGAGAGAGAGCUGCAGUUGAGGACAAUAUAAACGACGAGGAUGAGGAUUACGUGGAUGAGGAAGAUAUGCUGAUUGCGGAAAACGAAACAAUUCUGCUGGCCCUUUUGGAGGAGAUUGUGUCUCCAUAUUCGUUUGACGACUUCGAAGUGUCGGUGGAUGGAGAGGCAUUCAUCGGAUGGUCGAUUCCUCCAAAACCACCUCGAUUGAAUCCAGAACCUGUCUACCCACUCGCAAAGCAGUUCCCGUACGAGAGUUACGAAGCAUUCGAUUUCCUAGAACUAUCGAAUCCUAAACAAAUGGUCAAUUUCGACGGGUAUUAUCUUUUAAACAGUUUCAAAAAAAUCUGCAGAUCUGUGGAUAUGAAAGCACUCAGUGUUAUGUAUGCAAAAUGUGGAAUACCAAAAACAACAAGUUUCGUUCGAGGACUUCUCGCUCUCAUUCACUUUCUACGUCCUGAUGAAGCAACUGGCCUGCCGGAGGUGCUUGUGAAAAAUGUGAGACCAGAUAAAAAUUUGGAUGGAGAAGCUGUGAAGAGGGAAAUGAUGAAGUCAAUGAAUGAAGGGAGCAAGAUUCCAGUGCUUGUCGUCAAAGCGGAUUUAUCAAUAAUAGAAAAGAAAAAGAGGAAAGAGCAGAUGGAAAAGAAAUCUCGAGACUAUCUUUUAACUCUGAUGAAAACUGUCGAAAGUCUUCUCGAAAAAUUCAAUACACUUCCAUUGAAAUAUCGAAUGAAUCGAUUAGAAAACAAUUUUGGAUCAUAUAUCAACAAAAUUCUUCGUUCUCUCAACGAUCCGCCAUUUUUUGACUCUGACGCUGGAAAACGUUUCAUUCGACCACCACUGAAGUUCACAAGAAGUCCAUGCAAAGAUGCUUUGUGGAAAAGACUUAAAAAUGGAGAUAUUACUGGAAAAGAGGAGAGAGUGAACUUAGUCAGAGUAGAGGCGGUGGCAUUUUUAGGUGGUUGCCGACUAAGUCAAGGUAUAUUAAGUGGUGACCCAACAAUUGGAUAUCAUCAUGUCUACUGGGUCCACACUACAAGAUUCCAUAUCGAAUGUAUCGCUCCAUCGCUUUUGACACAAAUUGAUGAAGAGAGUGGAGUGAUCAAUUUGAAUACAGUCUGUCACAAUGAUACCUCUCCUGACCGCUUCCAAAAGUUGCUUGACUCGUUCUUCUUGAUUCAACACGACGGUUUAUAUUUAAACUAUUCUGAUAGAACAAUCGACGUUAAUCAAGUCACAGAGUCUCUACCACCGAAUGAAACGUAUACUAUAAAAACAUCGGAUGGUGUCAAUAUGAAAGUUCCGAAAGUGCUCUUCGAAUUGUUUUCUGAAUUUGAUGCAGCUCGGAGACGACAUGAAAAUGUCUCCAACGAGUCGGACACAUUUGAGCUCAAAGAUUACUCGUCGACCACUAUCUCCAUGUUUUUGAAUUGUCUGGUGGAUAUCAGAAUGUGUUAUAAAGAGAGUAUGGAGUCGAAAAUGGAAAUCUACAAGCUCGCCGAGUUCACCCUUGCCACGCUUCUUCGCGAUGAACUUCUAUAUAUAAUUGUUCUCACAGCUGAAGAAAAGGAUUACGAACAUCUCAAAUUCCUUACCUUCGAAAGACGGGACGAAAUGAUUUCUCUUAUUGCUGAACAUCGACCAGAUAUUGUCUUGUUCUGGAAGAAUCUUCCUGUAGAUCAAAACCCUCUCGGUUUCAUCAACACAAUCAUCAACAAGACUGCUUCAACCCGUUACCAGAAAAUCGAGAAUGAGGACGACGACGUCCAAAUAAUUGAGCCUAUGACAGCAAAAGAAGAAAUCAUUUGUCCGGAAUACCUUCUACAUCACUUGUGUAAUAACCAACAGGAUCAAGACGUUAUGGUUGAAUUUAUGAAAACGAUAUUCUCGUGGAACGAAGGAACGUCGAAUCCUAGGAAGCGAGUCAGCGAGAAUCGUUAUGCCUUCGUUCCGAUAGUUCUCUAA